GUGUGUACGUUGCUGUCGCAUAUCAGGUAGAACAGUUAGUCCUAUAAUGGGCAAUUUACCACAGCAGCGUCUCCUUCCAGGCGGUUACCCCUUUCAGUGCACUGGUGUGGACUAUGCUGGUCCCAUCAUGGCUGCUAGUCGGCAAGGUCGCGGAUGUAAGCUGAUAAAAGUGUACAUUGCAAUUUUUGUGUGUUUCACCACUAAAGCUAUCCAUUUGGAGGUGGUGAGUGACUUAACGAGUAAUAAGUAUUUACUAGCAUUAUUUCGAUUUAUUUCGCGACGGGGAAAGCCCGAUGAUAUUUAUUCCGAUAACGGUACCUCAUUCGUAGGGGCCUGCAAUGAACUUUCGAAGUUUCUUAAAACUAAUUGUGAUUCCUUGAGCGAACAAUUAGCUAAUGAUGGUAUCAAAUUCCAUUUUAUCCCUGCGUAUAGCCCUCAUUACGGCGGUCUUUGGGAAGCGGGUGUUAAGUCAACAAAAUUCCACCUUAGGCGAGUGUUGGGAAAUUGUAACCUUACGUUUGAAGAGCUUAACACCACGUUAGUCCAGAUUGAGGCAAUAUUAAAUUCACGUCCACUGACGCCUCUGUCUUCCGAUCCAGCAGAUUGCACCCCAUUGACUCCAGGACAUUUUUUGAUAGGCCGGCCUCUUACUUCACUUCCACGGCAUGAUAUCAAGGACCAUUCCACUGCUUCAUUAUCACGUUUCCAACGAAUAGAGCAGUUACGCCAGCAUUUUUGGGCUCGUUGGAGUAAGGAGUUCGUAUCUGAGUUGCAGCACAGAACCAAGUGGCAAAAGGGCAACGAUACACUGAAGCUGGGUGCAUUGGUCGUCGUAAAGGAAGAUCAUCUACCUCCUCUCAAAUGGCGAUUGGGAAGAGUCAUUGCCGUCCAUCCUGGAUCAGAUGGAAUUGUUCGAGUGGCAGACAUCACCACAUCUGUUGGAGUCAUACGAAGAGCUUUUAAUAGGAUUUGCCCACUACCCGUCGACGCAGAGUUUGGUUGAAAGAAAGGCUUUCAACGCCCGGGGGCAUGUUUGCGCCAAUUAAUUAUCUGUGCGCAAUUUCCAUUGUAAAAAAAAGAAGAAAAAUCUUCCCGCCUUUUUUUGAACGUUUUUCCGAAUACACAUCUUUUUA